AAACUGAAUAGUUAAACCAAACGUUUACUCACCCAUCUACCAACUGGGGUUUGUAUUUCUUUAUUUAUACAACUUCACAUACCAUUUUCUACUCUAUUACCCUCUUUGUUACUGUCUGAUUCUCCCUUCUUUAUCUGGAGUGGAGAAAAGGGAAAUUGAACCCUUUUAUUGGGAAUUUGAAGGGAAGAUUAAAGUUAAAGCAGAUGCCUGUCAAUCUGAUUGAUAAUGAUGGAUUUCCCAGAGUUGUUUUGACUGAACCCAUGGGAUCAUCUGCUGAGGUGCUACUAUAUGGUGGGCAGGUUGUUUCUUGGAAAAAUGAACGAAGAGAAGAAUUGCUUUUCAUGAGCAGCAAGGCCAUCUGGAAGCCACCGAAAGCUGUUCGAGGAGGGAUUCCUAUUUGCUUUCCACAGUUUGGAAAUUUUGGCUCACUUGAGCGACAUGGAUUGGCAAGGAACAGGAUGUGGUCGCUGGAUAGCUCUCCUGCACCUUUGUCUCCUGCAACUAAUAAUUCGACUGUGGAUCUUUUAUUGAAGUCCACUGAAGAUGAUUUGAAGACAUGGUCUCAGAGCUUUGAAUUGAGGCUUCGAGUUUCUAUUAGCUCUGGAAAGCUCACUUUGAUUCCUCGUGUGAGAAAUACGGACAACAAAAGCUUCUCAUUUAUGUUUGCCCUGCGUAAUUACUUGUCCGUGUCAGAUAUAAGUGAAGUGCGCAUUGAAGGCUUGGAGACUCUAGAUUACCUUGAUAAUUUGAUGAAUAAAGAGAGGUACACAGAGCAGGCAGAUGCAAUCACUUUCGAUGGUGAGGUUGAUCGUGUAUAUCUGAGAACACCAUUUAAGAUUGCUAUUAUAGAUCAUGAGAAGAAGCGCACCUUUGUGCUGCGUAAAGACGGCAUGCCUGAUGCAGCUGUUUGGAAUCCCUGGGACAAGAAAGCAAAGGCUAUUCCCGACUUGGGAGAUGAGGACUACAAAUCCAUGCUCUGUGUAGAUUCAGCUGCGGUUGAAUCAAACAUAGUCUUAAAACCUUCAGAAGAGUGGAAGGGAUAUCAAGAACUCUCAACUGUAUCUUCAAGUUACUGCAGUGGCCAGCUUGAUCCCUGUAGAGUUCUUUACGGAUUUACUUGACUUCAUCCUCGGAUAUAAUAGUUCUUAAUAUAUUAUGAUUUCUGCUCUGUUUUCCUGAUAGUAGACCAUGCAGGUAUAUUUUGUUAACAGUUUUAUAUUUUGGCAGAACAUAUGAGGACAUUUUUCUGUGGACUAUAUGUAUUACCAUGAAUCUAUAAAAUGCUACUAUGACCUUGAACUGAC